AUGAUUCCCAUAUCUGACUCUCGCAAAACAGGUCCUUUUAUGAACUGCCAGCCACCCUAUGGCAACCCCCCAAAACCUUUCAGCGGGAGAAGAGAUGCCUCAAAAGCUGCAUUCUUCCUUGCCAGGAUGCAGAAUCAUAUGAUUCGGUUUAACUUCCAGGAUGACCUCGACAAGAUAACCCACUUCUCCUCGGACUUCCUAGAAGGCGAAGCCGCCCAAUGGUAUUUCGCACUAGUUCGAAGUGGGAUCCGCAACUCAACGGUUAAGGAAUUCCUGGUAAGCUUUCAACGUAAGUAUUACAACAGUAAUGCCAUCGACGAUGUCAUGGAUAGGAUGUUCAACUGUUGCCAAGAGUCAACCCUGACCAACUACAAUAGCUACUCUGCAGAAUUAGCCGCUGUGCUCCCUACUGAUAUGAUCAAUGAAAAAGCCAGAAUGAGCAAGAAUGCGAACUGCCAAAACGAACCAAUGGACGUUGAUCCCAGCCAUAGAGAACCCAAGAAUAUUCGCAAACAAAAACUAUCCCCUAAAGAACGUCAACUCUUAAAGAAACUCGGAAUCUGGUUUAGAUGUCGAGCAGGUCAACACAAGGCCAGUCAGUGCCCAAAUGUGAUUUCUACCUGA